UUCAAAUAGAUCAGCAAAACCUCCUUCCCAAAAGUCAGAAACUGGAAAAAAAAAAAGGCUCACACACACCCAGUAACUGUGAGAGCAAUGGCGACUUUCAUCAAGCUGGAGGAUUCACCAAUGUUCCAGAAGCAGGUGCGAUCUCUGGAACAGACGUCGGAGGAGCUUAAAGAUCGAUGCCAAAAGCUCUAUAAGGGCUGUGCGAAGUAUAUGGAAACACUUGGAGAAGCCUGCAAUGCUGACGUCGUGUUUGCUGAAUCAUUAGAAGCAUUUGGUGGUGGACAAGAUGAUCCUGUUAGCGUUUCAAUAGGAGGUCCAAUAAUGUCAAAGUUCAUUUCUGCAUUCCGUGAGCUUGCUACAUAUAAGGAGCUUCUUCGUACUCAAGUAGAGCAUGUUCUCGUCGAUCGGCUGACUCAUUUUUUGUCUGUUGAUUUGCAAGAUGCAAAGGAAUCCCGUCGACGAUUUGACAAAGACGUAACUCGUUAUGACCAGGCACGGGAAAGGUUUGCUUCGUUGAAGAAGAGUACCCGGGAUGAGAUUGUUGCUGAACUAGAAGAAGAUUUACACAACUCAAAGUCUACAUUCGAGAGAAGUCGUUUCAAUCUAGUGAAUGCUCUGAUGAAUAUUGAGGCAAAAAAGAAAUAUGAGUUCUUGGAAUCUUUUAGUGCUAUUAUGGAUGCUCACUUGAGAUACUUUAAGCUGGGUUAUGAGUUGUUGAGCCAAAUGGAACCAUUCAUUCACCAGGUAUUGGCAUAUGCUCAACAAUCAAAGGAACAGGCUAAUGUUGAACAAGAUAGACUUGCAAAACGAAUUCAAGAGUUCCGAACACAAGAACAGCUGGAUCAUAUGCGUGCAUCUAGUAACAUGGAAACGUCAACAAGCAGUAUUGGCACAAGUGGAUUUUCCGUGAAUUCUUACAAAAAUAUAGAAGCAAUCAUGCAGGCCACCUCAAAAGGCGAGGUUCGGACAAUCAAACAAGGAUAUCUAUUGAAAAGAUCUUCAAGUUUGAGAGCGGAUUGGAAGAGGCGAUUCUUUGUACUUGACAGUCUUGGGAACUUAUAUUACUACAGAGAGAAGGGGACCAAAUCAUCAGGCUCUCAAUCAUUAAAUCCCACUAGCUCAAGUGAGCAUGGUACUCGUGUAUUUGGAAGAUUCCGAGCAAGGCAUCAGCGAGGAUCAUCCCUGAAUGAGGAGACUUUAGGUAGUCGUACUGUUGAUCUCCACACUUCCAUUAUAAAAAUGGAUGCUGAAGAUGCAGAGUUGCGGCUGUGCUUUAGAAUAAUUUCACCAUCGAAAACGUAUACAUUGCAGGCUGAGAAUGAAGCUGAUAGAAUUGACUGGAUGGAUAAAAUUACAGGGGUUAUUGCAUCCCUCCUGAAUUCUCACUUGCAGCAGUUAGAUUCAGGGAAAAAUGUUGACAGAAAUAAUGGUUCAGUUGGUGCUUCUUCUGCCUUAAGCCUAUUGGGUAACAGUGAGAAUCCAACAGAUGACAUGAGAUCCAAUCGGGCAUAUUCUGUUUCGAAGAUUCUUCGGGAGAUACCGGGAAAUGAUCAUUGUGCAGAAUGCAGAGCUCCUGAUCCUGAAUGGGCAUCUCUAAAUCUUGGCAUCUUGAUGUGCAUUGAAUGCUCUGGCAUUCACCGCAAUCUCGGUGUUCACAUAUCAAAGGUGAGAUCCAUAAAUCUGGAUGUUAAGGUCUGGGAACCUACAGUCUUGGAUUUGUUUCAAGCUUUGGGUAAUACAUACUGUAACUCUAUCUGGGAGGAACUGCUUUUACCUCAGAAUGACGGCAGCCAAGGAUCUAAUUCAUUUCCGUCAAUUUCCAAACCAAGUAAUAAAGAUGUCACUCAUCAAAAAGAGAAGUUCAUUCAAGCUAAGUAUGUUGAAAAACUCUUCCUGAAUAAAGAGGCUACUACCUCUAGUAACCACUCUCAAGCCACUAGAGUCUGGGAAGCAGUGUUGGACAACAAUUUGCGAGAAGUAUAUAAAUUAAUUGUGGUGUCAAAUGCAAAUAUUAUCAACUCAACCUAUGAUGAGGUAGCUGGUGCCAAUCUGUAUCAUAAUGUUCAGAGAGAGGACCCCGAACAAGGCUCCAGCAAUUUUGAAGAGAAAAAUUAUCAUCCAGUAGAUUGUUUGAAGUCUUCUAGUGAAGCUGGAAAUUGCCUUCAGGGAUCUUCCUUGUUGCAUCUAGCCUGCCACACAGGCAAUGCAGUAAUGCUGGAACUGCUACUGCAGUUUGGUGCUGAUAUAAACUGGUGUGAUUUCCAUGGAAGAACUCCUUUGCAAUACUGUAUAACCAGGGGGAACAGCCAUCUGGCAAAGUUGUUGCUUAGAAGAGGUGCACGUGCAUCAAUAAGGGAUGCUGGAGGCCUUAAUGCUUUGGAAAGGGCUAUGGAAAUGGGAGCAAUCACUGAUGAGGAGCUGUUUGUCCUGCUUUCCGAGAGCGAUUAAAUUGGCAAGUACCGUGCAACUUCUUUGAAUUCAACAAAUAGGGGUUGGAUGAGUUAUCAUUUCAUAUUCAUCGAACAGACUCAGAAAGGGGUUGUCUUCAUUCAGUUUUGUUCUUUGUCAUUUUUUGCUUAUCUUCAUUAAGCGAUCUAUAAUGUUUUGACAAAAGAAAAGGAAAAAGAAACAUGAAUAUUUCAGGUUGUGGUUUAGGGGACCGAUUUAAUGCUGCUUCUGCUUAGAAAUUACUCGAAUCACAUUAUGAACUUGAAGUCAAGUUUUCACUGUAUGUUAUUUCUUGUACAUCUAUAUUUUGGGAAAUUCUACAGUCCCAUUUGUGUUUUCAAGGGAAAUCAUUCCCUCAAUACAAAUCCAAUACAUAGAUGCCACAUCGUUUGUCA